AUGCACACACCACGCACUUCGAUUUGCCUGCGAUUCGUUGCGGCCAUCAGCUCCCUCGCUGCGCUGAUAGCGUUCGGAUGGUCCCAGUCAAUGUUUGGAAGCGACACGGUGAUGGUGGCUGACUUGGGCCAUGAGGUGGUCAGUCCAGUCACCGGGGCGACCGAAUACACCUUUGUUUGGUCGCUGAUAAUAGCAUCUAUUGAAUUAUCCCUUCCCGUCCCGAUCCAUCCAGCCAUCUACCUUACUUUUGACCUUUGCGCUUGGGCUGCACUGGUUAGCACUCUGAUAAUAUAUUUGACACUCCACGAGCCAUAUUAUACCGGAGACGGCUACGGCUGUGGCAUCAAUGGUAGACCUGAUUGUGAUGGAAAGCUCGUGGCUAAUGUCGAGCAUUUCGGCACGGCCAUGGCUUUUCUUGCUCUCAUCAUCCAUGUUGGGUUUUUUGCAUGGGCGUGUCGUGCAACCCAUAAGGCGCGGAAAAGCGACUCCAAGGGUCAGGAUAUAGACCUCGACCGGACUGUGUGA